UACGAAACUUCUCGCGCGCAUCAUUCACAGCGGGUGAGUUACGAGCGUGAAUCGGCAAGAAAUUGUAGCAUCGUGUAAUCGAGUUACCCUUUAGAGCCUAAAAAUUCCCGGACAAAGCUAGACCGACGUCGAGUCAUGACUGGAGAGUCUCGGGUCCGUUGAUGGUCAUGCCGUUAGUUGAUUUUAGUGCGAUCGAUCAAGAAUUGAUGCGAAUCGAGAAAAAGUGAGUUUAUUUGGAUAAGAAGAUGUAUGUUUGAAUCCCGAGGUCAGAGAGUCUCCUGAGAAACGGAAUGUACAACUCGAGGAUGUCUUCUUCAAUGCAAACAGCUCACGAACGUGCCUAUGCACACAACACGUGAAAAGUAUUCGUGUGCGACUUAUUUCAGCAAAUAUUCGCGCCAUGACUGUUUGUACGUUGUGUGGAUUUAUAAAUACUCAAAUGCAGCCAUUUCUUUGGUACACUUCUCCCGUCGUUCAAGAGAAAUUUAUCGAAGUUAUAAAUUGCCACGUGUACAACAGUAGAUCUUGUAAAAUGUAACAGGCGUAUCUCAUAAAUUCACGCAGCUAGUCGACGAUCGGAUAAGAGAAAUUCAUAUAGUCAUAAAAAGAAAAACGUGGCGAGAUUAACGAGCGACGGCUAUAUCGCUCUGCCAUUGACAUUGUAACGCUUUCAGGGGUUGAAAAAAAAUAGCCGAGGUUUCGCACAGUCAUCCACUUUCAUCAACGAGAAAGCAAUUGAUGCUAUCAUCGAAUUAUCCAAUUAUUUAGCCACCGUUCGUUCCAUGGAUUCCGUGAACUGAACGCAUCACGCUGACAGGCUCAUUGUGUUUCAAAGUUGGAACGCGUAUCCAGAUAGAUUCCAAUGUUCGGCAACAGAAUUACAAUUAUUGAUCGACGCCCAUUUGGUGAGAAUGAUUAAUGGUACACGUAAAUUUCCUAACAAAGGAACGUCUAUUUUAAAUGUCCACGAAACUUAAGGGACGCUCGGAACGGUCGCCUUGCACGCGAAGCGCGUAUCAAUCUCGGUGGCAAUGGAAAGAAUACCCCUAUAAACCACCCUCUUUCAAUAAAAACGAUUGGACAUUCAUUUCCCUGGACGAGGGAACGCGAACAGCUUUGAAUGACUGAUCAAACGGUAUAAUGAAGUAAGAGAAACGUGUACGGGAUAAAAACUUCCUCGAUUAUGUGUGCACUGAAUAUUAUCCCCCUGGUGUUUGGAUAAUCGAGUUCUCGGAUAAAGAGAUAAAGGAACUGCCUGUGGCUCGAAAGCAGCCAAAGCGUAGCCUCGAGUAGCAAUUAUCCCGGCCGAUCUGCUUUUCCUCUGUUUACCCGGGUGGACCGAAAGCUGUUCGUCAGAGAUUGUUUCGAAGUCGCGAAAUAAAACGAGAGAGGAGAGAUGACAUCGACGAGCGUAUACAACGAUUUGAGGACGCCUUUGUCGCCGGACGCGAACGAGACGAUCAACGAACAUUUCAAAGUGGACGGCGCUUUGAUACGUUGGCUGCUGUACGAUAAGAUUCACAGCGAGACCGAUCAUUUGUUGAUCGUCCUGUACGUUCCUGUGAUAGUGCUCGCGGUGGCAGCCAACAUCCUGGUGAUCGCAGUCGUCUUCAAGUAUCACUACAUGCGUAGCGUGACAAAUUACUUUGUGGUGAACCUGUCCGUGGCAGACUUAUUGGUGACUACGAUUUGCAUGCCGGUGGCUGUGAGUCAGGCGGUAUCGAUAGUUUGGGACUACGGAGAAGUGAUGUGCAAGCUCUCGUCUUAUCUUCAGGGUGUUGCCGUGGCUGCUUCGGUCUUCACCAUAACGGCGAUGAGUAUUGACAGGUACCUGGCGAUAAGCAGCCCCAUCGCGUUCCGACGCGUGUUCAAUCGCAAAAGCACUGUCCUCGUUAUCGUGGCUCUAUGGUUGGUCGCUCUAAUCAUCUUCGCACCCCUUUUAAGCGCGAUGACCCUCCAGAGCCCGAGUAUGGAUUUUAACAACAUAACCGUCAACAGAUCCUGGAUAGAUACCUGGAAUACAUCACAAUCACAGAACUGGAUCGAGAUGUCGCAGAACUUAUCGCGGGUCACCCGAUUGCCGCCGGCCUUUUACAUCUGCUCGGAAAACUUUGAAACGCCGCUCUUCGGCAUGGUGUGCUUCGUCCUGGUUUACGCGAUCCCGGGAUUCGUCGUCAUAACAUCGUACUCUAUGAUGGGUCGGACGCUUUGCGCACGUAAACCACCUUUCGAUUGCGACAGCGUCCAAGGAAGUGCCAGCUCUCAGCAAAGUUGCAGAUUGGUACGCGAAAGGAGACGAAUCGCUUGGAUAUUGCUUCUUCUGGCGGUGCUUUUCGCCUUGUGCUGGCUACCGUACAAUGUCUUAAGGCUCCUGAUCGACUUAGGUGCAGUCAAGGUGAAAGUGAACACCCUCUCCUAUUGCCUCUUUCUGGGACACGCGAACAGCGCACUAAAUCCUAUGGUCUACUGCUUUAUGACUCGGAAUUUUCGGCAGAGCGUCGCCGAUAUUCUUUGCCACAUGCUGUGUCGGAGACUUCAUCACAGAGGUGGUCAAGGGACAGCGGUGAUCGAUCAUGUGUGCGCAAGGUGCAGUGCCGGUGGCACGUUGAGACAGGGGCUGCUGAGGAAACGGAAAAUGCUACCAGGAUGCGGAUGCGGACUACCGAUCGGUGGGCAUCACACUAUGACGCUUAGGCGGACGGGCACGUCGAGCAGCGGCAGUUAUUACAGCAGACACAGCCCCCACAGACGUUGCUACAUGCUGCAAAGCCUCCGGGGAAGGCAGCGACCGGUAGCCGAGCAAAACAUCAACGAAAAGAUCGACAAGAAACAGGAAUCCUCGGAGAAUUUGAAAAACGAGUCUAGUCAACCUCGCGCGAACACGCUCGUUACCACUGAUGAAAAACGAUGCGAUCGAGCGAACGAUUUAACCUGAGCGGAAACAUGAAAAUCGGAAAUCACGAUUUUUCUCUGAAUGUUCUUCCUUCAAUGUCACGUCUCUAUGGAAGUAGUUCAAUAAUAAUGUAAAUCAGUCGUGUCAAAUUCGUGGAAAUUUGAGAAUAUCAGUUUAAUGAUGAAUCAUUAAUUGGCUUUAUUUGCUGGCUACUCUUUAUCGAGUCUCUGUUUCAUAAUUUAACAGAAAAUAGAUACGCAGAUAACA